AAUGUGAUGCAUGCGUGGUGUUCCUUGAAGGGGUGGAUGUCAAUUCUGGAUGAACAUGGCAAGUGGAGGAAAUACUGGUUUGUUCUGGGUGACACCUCGCUGAGGUACUACAGAGACGCAGAUGCUGAGGAGUCAGAUGAUCUGGACGGAGAGAUCAACCUGAUUUCCUGUGUGAGUGUGUCAGACUGCGAUGUGGAGAAGAACUAUGGACUCAAAAUACAAACAAAGAGAGCAGUGUUCACUCUCUCCGUUAUGACCUCCAGAAUACGGCGGAACUGGGUGAAGUUACUAAAGCAGGCAAUCCAGAAGAACGCGCACCAAUCAGAAACCGGCAGCGAGAAAGAGAACCCACUCUCCCGUAGACCGUCGUCAUGCCAACCACCUGCUCGGUUCACCUGCAAGGACUCCGGUUAUGAACCUACCACUUCCACAUCAAGCACCACAGCUGCAAGCCCCCAUCAGGCCGACCACCACCACCACCACCACCGACACCAAACAGUAGACGGGGACCUGGACUUGUCUCCGUCCAGUCAGAGAGAAGAGGGGGAGGGCUGGGACCGCGAGCAAGCCAAGCGAUUGGAGGAGAGGAACAAGUGGUUUGAGGAGGGGGUCACCUUCAGAGAGAUGGGCAGCAGGUGGGACUCCAUGGAGCUGAAAAGGGGGAGUGUACCUGUGCCCGUUAUUGAGACCAUGGACUCAGACGUCAGCAGGAAGUGGGUAGAGUUUGAGACGUUGUCCUUUAGGGACAUGAGUGCGCAGUCUUUCAUUGGAGCCCAGUCUUAUCAGCCGAGCACCCCGCUGGCAUCACAGUCUCUCAGUAGCAGCCAGACGUAUCAAUCGAGCCCCGAGGAGGCCGAACAGCCUGCCACCGGAUCACAAACUGAAAUACUUAACCCAUCCAUAAAUGGAGCUCAAACUAUUCAAACUCAUAAAGCUGAAGCUCUUCAAAAGGAGGCUCUCUCUCUUCGAAAGCAAGUGGAGAGCAUCAAGAGGGAGCGCGCAGCCAUGGGGAUAGAGGUGGACAGCCCCUGUGGCCCCGGGGCUCCCUGUAGGGCCCAGCUAGAAGCCAUGGAAGUGGCCCAUCAGAAAUCACUGCAGGAGCUGCAGGAGAAGCAUGCGAGGGAGAUCAGGGAGCUGGAGGAGCAUAGAGACAGGAUGCUGCAGGAGGAGAGCCAGGGAGCCGUUAAAGCUGUGGAGGCACUGAGAGCGGCUCACAGAGAGGAGCUGGAGAGGGAGGUGGAGAAGGCCAGGAGGCUUGCUGGAGGAGCUGGACAUGCAGACGCUUCACACAGAGGUCACAUGCCACAGGCGGACGUCUCACAUGGCGAAUUAGAUGUGCUGUCCGAGCGCUACUCCCAGAAGUGCCAAGAGCUGCACCGCACCGAGCAGAGCAGCCAGGGCCGAGAGGCUGAGCUCCAUCUCAAGGAGAGAGAGCUGGAGCAGCUCAGAAGAGAGAACCAGGAGCUGAAGACCAAACUGGCGGAAGAGAUCAGCCGCAUGCGUUAUUUCAUCACGGGGCAGAGGUCGGACACGGUAUCUCUUGGCAACGCUGAGCGCAAUGCAUCUGAUUUAGAGACAUUACUGAGAGCAAAAGACAACGAGGUGCAGUAUCUCAAAAAGGAAAUCAGCUGUCUACAGAAUGAAGUGCAGUCUCUUACAAAGGAGAAAGCGGCGGCUUAUGAGCAUUAUAAGGAGGCGUACGUAGAGCUGAGUGACGCGAGGGGCCGCAGCCAGCUGGAGACGGGCUCCCUCAACGAACACUUAAGACUGGCCAACGCUGCCCUGCAGGAGGGAGCGAGGCCGACCUGACCAAAGAGGACCGCUGUGACAAACUGACCUUGAGGAACAAUGACGACAACAACAACAAAAUCAUGACAUUACAAUAACAACAUGUG